AUGUCGGAUGUGUCGAACUCUUUCUCAGCCUGGGAGAUCCUGCCGGAGGACGAACCUCCGCUGUGCAUCGCAGAUGGACGCCCAGUGUCACCUCCACGCCACUAUGAGGCGCUGCCAAUAGCCAUUGUAGAGGCAAACGGUUUCAUAUUUAUGCUAACCGCUAGACGAAUGCAGAUGCAUUCUGGACAGAAUAAGUAUGAUGUCGGAGAAAUGCUCUUAAGAAUAUUUUCACCCGAUUCGGAGAAUGCAACUUGUCUUGAACCGAAUUCAUCAUGCAUCACGGAUGUGCUCAAUAGACCGAUUGAGGUCGCUGCUGGAUUGUCUCUAAUAUUCGUAGGUGUGCUGGGUUGCAUUUUCAACUGGAGCGCAGCUGUGUGCAUUUGUCGAUCGCCAAUUUUUCGGAAUGUUUUUGGAUCGAUCUGUAUCUCGCAUCUUAUUGCUGAUAUUGGUGUCGUAGCUUUUUGCAGUUUUUGGGGAGGACCUGCAGCGCUACUCGGAUUCGACAAGAAUCUCACUGAAUCGAUUUAUGGUCAACGAAUUGGCCAAUUAACGAAGUUAUUCUGGUAUGCUUCAUUGUAUAGUCAAGUUCAGAUUGCUUCCAAUCGUGUUUUAGCUAUAGUUUCUCCAGUCCUGUACAAUGUUGCGUUCACACCACGACGAACAAAGCAGAUGAUUGCACUCUUCUGGAUACUGCCCGUUAUUCACGCCAUUCCUUAUUCCUUCGGAGGAUGCAAUCUAACGUUUCACACAGAAACGCUAACAUGGGAGCUUUCUUCGGGCAAGCACUACUGCUGUUAUAUUUGUUGUAAUGAUGUCAUCUUAUCAUAUGAUUUCUCAUAUUGUUUACUACAAAUGGGCAAAAUUCUUGACGACAACUUUCAUGUGGAACUUGACACAUGCUUCGGCAGGUUUCGUGGUAUAUGUAUAUCACAAGGAAUUUCGUCCUCUGAUGCUUCAUCCUUGGUUAUUGCUGAGCAGAAAAAUAGAAUUUCAAGGAACGUCCUUUCCAACGCUUUCCAAAGCGUACAACAACAGUAA